GAUGCUUUCACAGAGAGGGAUAGAUAACCCCCUCGUGCGGCUCCUUCUCUCCUCCAUCAAUGCUCUUAUGCUCCCUUCCUUUCUCACUCUACACCUAUACAUACACCACCUAACCAUAUCUACACACAGAUAUUCAAUAUAUACACACACACACAACCAAUUUUACUCAAAAGUAGUCUCUCCCUAGUCUCCCAUGGCGCUUCCUGUUUUCCUCCUGCUCUGUUUUUUACUCUCGAUCGUCGUGAUAUUCAUCCUCAUCCGAGCCUCCCGCCGCCGCCUCCUCCGACUGCCGCCGGGGAAUCUCGGCCUUCCUUUCGUCGGCGAGACCUUGCAACUUAUCUCUGCUUACAAGACCGAGAAUCCGGAGCCGUUCAUCGACGAGCGGGUGAGCCGGUUCGGACCGCUAUUCACUACACAUGUUUUCGGCGAACCGACCGUUUUCUCGGCCGAUCCGGAGGUAAACCGGUUCAUAUUGCAAAACGAAGGGAAGCUGUUUGACUGUAGCUACCCCGGUUCGAUAUCGAACCUAUUGGGGAAGCACUCGUUGUUGCUUAUGAAGGGGAGUUUGCACAAGCGGAUGCAUUCUCUGACAAUGAGUUUCGGGAAUUCGUCGAUUAUUAAGGACCAUCUUUUGGUGGAUAUAGACCGGUUGAUCCGGCUCAAUCUGGACUCCUGGUCCGACCGGGUCUUGCUCAUGGAGGAAGCCAAGACGAUCACGUUUAAUCUAACAGUGAAGCAGCUGAUGAGUUACGAUCCGUGUGAGUGGACAGAGAGGUUAAGGAAGGAGUACGUGCUUGUGAUCGAAGGCUUUUUCACUCUUCCUAGUCGGCUCUUCUCCCCCACUUACAGCCGAGCCAUCACUGCGAGGACGAAGGUGGCGGAGGCGUUGAAUCUGGUGGUGCGACGGAGGAGGAAGGAGGCUGUGGCAAUUAGUGAAGGAGGAGGAGAGAAGCAGAAUGACAUGUUGGCGGCGCUGUUGGCGGACGAUGAUGGAUUUUCCGAUGAACAGAUUGUGGAUUUCCUGUUGGCUUUACUGGUCGCCGGUUACGAGACCACAUCUACGAUCAUGACUUUGGCGGUGAAGUUCUUGACCGAAACCCCUCUGGCUUUGGCUCAGCUCAAGGAGGAGCAUGAAGGGAUUAGGGCAAAGAAGAGUAAUAAUACAGAAGCACUUGAAUGGAGUGAUUACAAAUCAAUGCCAUUCACUCAAUGUGUUAUUAACGAGACCUUGCGAGUAGCAAACAUAAUUGGUGGGAUCUUUAGGAGGGCGAUCACCAAUGUCCCCGUAAAAGGCUACACUAUCCCUAAAGGAUGGCAGGUUUUCGCAUCCUUUCGAGCUGUACAUUUGAACCUUGAUCACUACAAGGAUGCUCGGUCUUUCAAUCCAUGGAGAUGGCAGAACAAACCGGUACCGACAAUUUCCGGGAAUGUGUUCAUGCCAUUUGGAGGAGGCCCGCGGCUCUGCCCUGGUUAUGAGAUUGCAAGGGUUAUCCUCUCCGUAUUCCUUCACCGGAUAGUUACCCGUUACAGUUGGGUUCCUGCUGAAGAAGACAAGUUGGUUUUCUUUCCGACGACCAGAACGCAGAAGAGGUAUCCGAUAAAAGUGCGGCGGUUAAACUGUGACCAAGCCAUGUAAGUUAGGCGGGAGAAGCAUGGAGUAAGAGAGGAAUAUAGUCAGUCAAGUUGUAGUUACUAAUAACUUUCUUAGUGGACUAGUAUUUCACCGUGGACCUGUUAAAACUUAAAAGUGCAAAUCGAUCGACCCUUCAAUAUAGUUCCAGAGACAAAUUUUCAGAGGUGGGUGUAAAGUCCAAAUUUUAAGUGAGGGAUUUUUGUUGGUUAAUUGAGAUCCAAUUAAUGGAUAAAUUUGAACUAAACAUGAA